AUGACAUCACAUGACAUGGAUCCUGAUGUUGUUCGCUGGGGCUUACAUCUUCUAGAUGUUUGUACAUUUUCACAUGGUGGUACCCCUGGUGUCGUAACUCGAUGUGAUCCCGAUUUAAGUCAAGUUGAAUAUGUUAGGGAGGGUUUCUGUGAACAUUCAUACGUUGAAGAUGAUGAGGCUGUUGCACGUGCAUAUCAGGAAGAAUUAUCACAACUUGAUUCUAUGGAGGCUUCUGGGAUUUCAAAUUUUGAGAAUGAGCAAGUGCGGGAAUCCGUAAAUGCGCAAGAUUGGCUAUCUUCUUCAAGUAGGAGCUAUAACUUUGAUAAUCAACAUGUGGGCAGUGAAUCUUGCCAGAACCCUGUCGGCGAAUCAUGCCAUAUGAAAGGAAUGGAGGAAAGCUGUCCAAAUGAAAGGGAAAACGAUGCACAUGAAGUUGGAUUAUUUGGUUCGUCUUCUAGGUCAGGAGAGUUUCCCACCAUUACUGAUGAAAUGUGGCAUUCAUUGGAAAUAUCGGAUGAGUCUUCUCUUGACGGUGAAGUAGGGAAAAGAUUAAACCAGAUGGUUUCCAUUCCGCAUGUUCCUAAAACCAACGAAAAAAUGCCAUCCGACGAUGAAGAAAUAUCAGACCAUCAAAGGCUGCUAGACAGACUGCAGUUAUAUGAACUGAUUGAGUCUAAGGUUCAAGGAGAUGGUAACUGCCAGUUUCGUGCUUUGUCAGAUCAACUCUAUCGUUCUCCAAACCUCCACAAAUUUGUACGGGAACAAAUUGUUCAACAGCUCAAGUCCGACUCAGAUCUGUAUGCUGGUUAUGUUCCUAUGGCUUAUAGUGAAUAUUUAAAGAAGAUGAGCAAGAGUGGUGAAUGGGGCGAUCAUGUCACAUUGCAGGCUGCUGCAGAUUGGUAUGGUGUCAAAAUAUUUGUGAUUACAUCUUUCAAGGACACAUGUUACAUUGAAAUUCUUCCACAGAUACAGAAGUCUGGAAGGGUAAUAUUUCUGAGCUUUUGGGCAGAGGUGCAUUACAAUUCAAUUUAUCCGGAAGGAGAAAUGCCUUCAUCUUAUAUAAAGAAAAAGAAGAGAUGGUGGAAUUUCAGCAGUUAG